CUCUCUCUCUCUCUCUCUCUCUCUCUCGCCAACCGAGGGAGAAUAAGACCAAAACCAAAUUCUGACAAGGCCAUUUCAAGCACGGUAGAUAGUGCGAGCGAGUGCGAGAAAUAGAGACCCUCGGCGAGGAAUCCCCAAAUCCAAAGAGGAACGGUGGCGGCGGCGGCGCGACGGCGAUGACGUCUCGGACGACUCAGGCCAACGGCGACCACCACCGCCGCCGCCCCUACGCUCCGCCCGGAGGCCGCGCCCAGUACCUAGGUCCAUCCUCCUAUUCCUCCUCCUCCUCCUCCGCGGCCUCCCUCAAGGGCUGCUGCUGCUGCCUCUUCCUCCUCCUCACCUUCCUCGCCCUCCUCGCCAUCGCCGUCAUCCUCGUCAUCGUCCUCGUCGUCAAGCCCAAGAAGCCCCAGUUUGAUCUCCAGCAGGUCGCCGUCCAGUACUUCCUCGUCGCUCCCUCCGUCGCCGCCGGAACCACCGCCUCCGCCCCGCCGGCGGCGUACCUCUCCCUCAACAUCUCGCUGCUGUUCACCGCGGAGAACCCGAACAAGGUGGGGAUCCGGUACGGGGAGACCAACUUCGUGGUGAUGUACCGCGGGGUGCCGCUUGGCGUGGCGACGGUGCCCGCGUUCGAGCAGCCGGCCCACUCGACCCGGCUGGUCCAGACCUGGGUCAGCGUCUCCCGGUUCAACGUCCUCCAGGCCGACGCCGUCGACCUCGUCCGCGACGCCGCCGUCGACGACCGCGUCGAGCUCCACGUCACCGGCGACGUCGGUGCCAAGAUCCGCGUCCUCGGCUUCACCUCCCCUCGAGUCCAGGUAUCGGUGCAGUGUGCGAUGGUGAUCAGUCCGCGGAAGCAGUCGCUGACGGAUAAGCAGUGCGGGGUGGACGGAUUGAACGUCUGAACGGAACGGCGAGUGUGGAAUUGUUUCCGGAAAAAUUGGAAAAAAAAAUGUGUUAAAUUUUGUUUUUGGAUUAUUAUUUGAGCUUCAACUUCCUUUAUUUUUGGAAUUUAUUUUAUUUUAUUUGGUGGGUUGCUGGUGGGUGUCCACUGUUUUAGAGAGUGGGGGGAGUGGCGAGACUGGAAAGCCCUCCCGACGCCGCCGCCGUUUCGUCCGUUCCCUGGGCUUGCGGUUGUGGUGGAUUAUUUGUGGUGGUGGGAGGAGGUGAGUGGACCGGAGGUGAGGGGAUUCGAGCUACGUCUGAUUUCAGUUUCUGGCUAUAGCUUUGGAAUCGAAAUCUACGGUUUCCAGUUUAGUGCAUGCGUCUUAUCGAAGCAAACUUUCGUAGCUAUCAACGUUUUGAGUGUGGUUUGGGCAUGUGAACUGGUCAACCAGUCCAAAAGCCUCUCUGGGAAGCUGGUUUGCGGCCAAAACUUCUAAAAAGUGGAGGUUGUGUGUGUAAUGUGUUUGAUUCCUAAGGAAUACCGGAUUGUUGAGCCUACCGGCGGUGGCGUGAUCCAGAAUGGUUUGGGAUUUUAUAUUCUGGUAUUGAUUUAUGUACUGAAGUCAGUUGCAAUUCAAGUGGCAUGGCAUUCUUGUUGUGUAA